AUGCCGUUGAAUUUUAGCAUGGUUUCCGAUUUCUUUUACCCAAACAUGGGCGGAGUGGAAAGUCACAUCUAUCAACUAGCGCAGUGCCUUAUACAGAGAGGACAUAAGGUGAACUCUAAUAUUGUUUAACCAGAUUUUGCGACUGCUUAGCUAAACUAUAAAGUACAGGGGUUCUCAGAAUUCUUAAUUUAAAGACGUUUUUUUGUUUUGCUAGUGGCCAAAUAAAACGAGCAUUGUAGGUCAGUUGCACUGAAUUUUUGAGAAGCGCGAAACUUAGCUCCUGGCUUUUUUCUUGUCCUGUUGAUCAGAUAGGUUACCUUUAAUCCUUAUUAAUUAUCCACCUAUCCUAAGGGGUUGCUUUAAAGUGGCAGGGUAUUCUGCAGUUAAGUCCUUAUUAAUCAAGUUCCUUUUAAAUCAGAGAAACUUUACUAGGACAGUAAAACACCCUAAUGUUUUGGUUCCCAGGUUGUUGUGGUCACACAUUCUUAUGACAAGAGAAGUGGAGUUCGUUAUUUAACCAACUAUCUCAAGGUACAUGUAUGAAUAAGUAUAUUAAAAAAAUGAUAUAAUCUUUCCUAUGUGUGACUUUACUUAGGAUCAUAAGGCUGGGAUAACAACAGAGAGAGAAGGGUGUGGCGGAGGGGGAAGGGGAGGGGACAAAGUACAAAACACUCUCUGGGGAAGAAUAGAUAUUUUCUUGAUCUGCAACCACAAUGUUUAAGACUGACUGAGAUGCUGACAUGCCGUGCUUAAAACUCUAAGAUAGUGUUUAGGGGUUUCCUUUCAGGCUGGAUGCUAGCCUGCAAAGCAGGCAUAUUUUAGAGCGCGAUCCAUGAUUUGUUUUCGGGAAUGACGUUGUUAUGCCAUCUUGGACAUUAAUACUACCAGAGAGUUGGGAUGAGUCAAAAACUGAUUUUAAGGGAGAGUUUGACAGACGCCCUUAGUCUUUUCCUUUGCUUUUCAUCACAUAGUUAUGUGAUGAAUACAAUCCCAAAAAACAGAGAUAACUCCUGCAACUGCGAACCAAUAUUGCAAAAUCAAACAAAAGUCAUUUUGAUGAACAUUCAUAACAACUUGCAUUUUAGAGCAUCCAAUUGUCACAAUUUCCAGUCGCCCCUAGAAGUUCGUGCCUCCUGUACUCAACUUUUCACACAUGUGGCACUAAUGGUGAAAGCCUGCCAGCUGAAUCCCUGCAUCUGGUAAUUCUACAUUGUAAAUGCUACCAAAACCCUGUGCGUUUUAUGCUUCAGUAGCAUUUACAAGAUUAGGAUUGUUUCUUUGAGACCCUCCAGUUUUCUACAGCAGCUAAAACUCCCUGCCCCUUUCAUUUAGGAAGGUAUAUUCAUGGGCCAGGCCUGUGCUACUUGUGGAAUAUGGGGUGAAAAUUAAGCCCAGUCUGCACUCCCUCUGGGGGCCUAUUUACAGACUGAGUAUUCAUAGCAACUUUAUUUGCUGUAUUUAAGGUUUAUUAUCUUCCCUUUGGUACCUUUCAUAACCAAUGUGCAUUACCGACUCUCUAUACAACACUGCCAUUAAUGAGAUGUAUAUUUCUUCGCGAAAAGAUUACAAUAGUACAUGGACACUCAGUAAGUCUUCAAAUGAUUAUUAUUAUCUGUAUUUUUGUUGUUGUUUUGUUAAUAAUGAGAUUCCCUUGUGAGAUAUUUUUGUAUCAUUGAUAAAUUGCAAGAUUCUCCAUUGCUUUGUCUGCAUUUGUAAAUCAAAGGGAGAAUUUCACAUUUGAUUUGAUCAAGAAUCACUAAGGGCCUUAUUUAUCUGUUACUUAGUAUAUGUAUCUUAAUAGGGAUCAACAUGAGCAUUGCUCAUUUUUUGUGGGAAAAGAACAGAACCAGUGUACAUAAUUAACCCAUUCGCCCCUGAACCGCCCGUAACCGCCCGUGCGGAUCCAGGUCCUUUCUACCCUUUGUGACGUCAUCAGUUUUAACGGUCAAGGACAACUUUCUUCGCACACGUGUGCAGAGUGAAGAGAUCUUUCAAACCAUACCAGAAUGAGCACAAUUCAGUCAAGGACACCGGAGAAAGAAGCAAAAAACCACGUGACAAGGACCUGAAAAUCUCCAUGAAAAUCUUGUACCAUUACCCACCUACCUUUCCUUUCACCUAAUGCUAAGAUCCUAAAAGCUUUCCUAAAAACUCUUCCCACCAAAAUGAAGCCUACUAAAUGCCCAGCAAGAGAAAAAAAAAAUGAGGCAAGAAAAGCGAAAAAAGAAGGGAGGAGAGAAAGCGAAAAGUAAAAGUCAAGACUGCUGUGUCACUUUUAAACCCAAAAACUAUGUCGAAAUUUUGCUUUCUGCGCAUGCCCGAACUUUGCAAGCUGAUAUUUUGCAUCUGGAUCAGAAGGCCGCCAAGUGUACGACCUGUAAACCGGUUUGUGGUAAGUUUUAGCUCUUUAUAGCAUGACAGUGACCAGAAAACCACUCGACUAGCUUCAAAACGCGUUUUUGGGCAAAAUCUCCAGGAGCGAAUGGGUUAAUGAAACUGAUCUGGUAUAUGAUAUCCUUUCUUACUGCCUGAUUAGAUAGUUGAAAAGCAAGAUUAAUAAAAUAACCUACAACUGUAGUACAGAAAAAUUCCUCUUAUAGCCUGUAACCAUGGUUAGGUUGCAAUCUGUUUCCUCUGUUUUGUUAGUUGUAAGGCUACUCAAAGCUAUCAUGAUCAUACAGUGCAGGCCAGAACUAAGUGAAUCCAAAAAUAUAUGCAUAAUGCACAAUGUAUGCAUUUGGAAAUAUGCGUACAUGUCAGGCUGGACGCAUAGAUCAGUCUGAGCUGUCAAUGCACAUGCGUGUCUGAGGUGUAAUAUGUCAGUUAAAAGUCAAGCACUGAUGCAUAAUAUAAAAUUGAUGUACUUGCUUUGCAUCUUCAUUGUUUGCUUACCAGUAAUAAUUGUUCUUGCCUGCACAGUAAAGAGCUUUUAAACAAUAAAAUUAACUCAUUCAAGCAUGUUGGUUUACUUUGAUGAAUUGAUUGAUCAAUUCAUCAAAGUAAACCAACAGUUAAUUAAUGAGCAUUAAUUUUAAGUCUCUUACAUUCAGUGUUAAAGCUUCUCUUUGACCGAUGGCUCUUUGGAAUUUUGCCCUCAAAACUGGUCAUUAACAAGUAGAAUUACCUACAUGAACCGUUAUACAGUGAUAUGGAUUCUUUGGAUGAAAGGAUUUUACCCCUGCUUGCCCUUUUUUUUUGGUAAAAAUGGUUUUCGCAAGUAACGUACGUGUACAUGUAUCUGCCAUUCAUUGUGUUGACUUCUUUUCAAGGCUUUUUCUACUUUAUGUCAUGAUGCACUUCUUCAUGCUCGCACUAUGGGACUCCAUACUCUGUUCACAGACCAUUCUCUCUUUGGUUUUGCUGAUGCAAGUUCCAUCAUUACCAACAAAUUUUUACAGUUUUCACUGGCAGACAUUGAUCAUGUGAUAUGCGUGUCACAUACAAGGUUUGUAAUUCAUGGAAUUUCGCUGUGCAUUUGAAAGAGGCUGUACCCCUGACAGGGAGUACAUUUACCCUUCAAUUGGGUGUGGUUUUAGACUUUGCAUUCUGACAGUAUAUUUUGCCAGGACUUGAAAAAAGUCCUGUCUGUCCUCUCUGGGUAUCCAGGUAGAUUUUCUUGUUGGCAAUGAACUUUUAAUCCUCAUUUGCUCAAGGAGCAGAUCAGGUUCAGGCAAGUUACAUGUAACUUCUAGCUAAAUCAUAAACUUUGACAAGGGUGAAAAGUAAAAUUUGUGUGCUUGUUGUCCUAAGAACAAGCUUAAAUUCAAAGUUUCUUCAAGCUCAAAUUUUACUCUUUUGAAAUGCAAUGAAAGGGAUAUCACCUUCCAUGACGAAAGCUGCUAGACAGUAAAAUCUAACAAUCUAGCACUAAAUGCUCAGAAUGGCAGUUUUCUCAAUCUUUUUGUGGUGAAUUAUUUGCUUUACCAACUUGCUAAAAUAUAAUGUUUGGACACUGCAAGUGGGUUCAUGUAAAUAAAAUAAUGCAUUCUGUAAUUUGGUUGCCUUUGUUUAGUAAGGAGAACACAGUGCUUCGUGCUUCUAUGAAUCCUUGUAUGGUGUCAGUGAUUCCUAAUGCUGUUGAUGCUGAUGUAUUUACUCCUGAUACUUCAAAGAAAACCAAAGGAAAAGGUGAGUUUUGUUGCAAUUGUUAACGCCUGCAACACAAGUGUAAUGUCCACUUACUUAGGCAUGAUGCAUUGUGUCCUAUUACAUUGUAGUACAUGUAUGCUGUCUGGAUGCUGUCUGAAAUCAAGAAUUUUGUGAAUAAUACCAAAGUUUAAAUUACAGGGGAUAAUAAUAUGUAUAAAUUAAUUUAAUAAUUUUGAUUGCUGGCUAAUUGGAUAUUCAAAACUUCAACCAAAAAGGCACCUCGACCACCUUUAUCUUAUGUAACUGACAAGUUACUCUAGUUUGAAGACUUCAUUAAAAAGUACCUUAUCGAGAGAGCUAUAAAUUAAACUCGCCUGACCAUGAUAGCGGAGCUCUCGCGUGCGAAGCAUGCGCAGUGGAGCACCAUGGGUAAGAAAAUGUGGUAAUCUACCCAUCCGAGAAAAUUUGGUAAUCACGUGACCGUACGCCCGACCGUCCGUCCGCACCGCAGGCAUACCAAUGUUAAAUAACUCAAUCAACAGGUAGGGCAACUCAUAUGCAACUCGAGGUUAUUUUGGCAGAAAAUCGCAUAGCCACCCGUGUCUUGUAAAGCAGAGGUAGCUAAAGAGUCAAUAAAGACAAAAUCGGAAAGCGGAAAUUGUUUCUGUAUCUGUGUUUUCUAAAUUAUUAAGCUUAGACUAAUUGUCAUGUCCACAAAUUUGGAAUAUAGAGCAAGAGAAAGACAGAGAAAAAGAGAAAAAGUGGCAGGCCAGCGAAGCUCAACGAGAAAAAGGACGACAGAGAUCUAGAGCGAGAGAUAAAAAACAAAGGAGACAUUUUUUUGUCGGAAGAACAACAUGAAAAUUAAUAUUUUGUAGCAGCGGUGACAAUACUAGCGGCCACCAAUGCAAGGAGAAAAUGAGUGGCAGUGAAAAAAAGGUGAACAAGAACACGUACGACAUUUCCUCCAUAAAAAAAGUUUCUGGAAGUUUCAAGUUGUAGUCGUGCAAAACAACGGCAAAGAAAUGUACAAAAAAAGUGUGCUGCACGUGUAAAGUUGCUUUUUUGCUAAUUAGACCUAUUGCUGUUUUUUCACCGCUCUCUGGCAUUGCCUUAGCCGCUUAGCAUUAUACGAUUUUAUAUUUUGUUUGAACAAACUAUAAAUAUUAUCGAGAGCUUCACUUUUAGCCCUUGCUAAAUCUAUAUAUUAUGGCAGCUUACAUUAAAUCAUAAUUAAGUGUUAAGAGCCCAAUUUUUCAAGCUAUUUAGCUUGUAGUGGGCUUCCUCGCCACUCGAUCUAUUACAAGAGUUAAGUCAUGUAAUAUUAAAUUUAAUUUUGAACUAUUUUUGUACCUUUUCCUGCCCUGUAAAUUUGCAAUCUUAGUAAUGUUUUUAUUUCCUUUUUCUUUCUGUAAUAUUUAUUUUAUGUGGCAAGUGUAAAAUAAAUAAAUAAAUAAAUAAAAUAAAUAAUAGGGGUCAGUCAGCCAAAACUAAAAUUACACUUUCAUUUGUAAUAACAUCUAUUACAAUUUGUUUUAGUUACCAUUGUUGUUGUCAGUCGACUGGUUUACAGAAAGGGUAUGGAUCUAUUAGCAGGGAUAUUGCCUGUUAUGUGUUCCAACCACUCAGAUGUGCAGUUUAUCAUCGGUGAGUUUCCAAGAAGUCAUUUUGGAGUGGCAAAUGGUGUCUAGAUGUUGAUGGAUCAGGGUGAUGAGCAGAUUGUGGGGACAGUGUAAAAGAUAAUUAUGUGAGCGGGAAAAACAGUGAUGGGGUGGGUCAGUGUUUCUUUCCUCCUUAUUUUUUUUCGCCAUUCUAUCUAAAUUUGCACCACACUCCACUAUCUGAAUGCCUGGAACAGGCUGCUAAGUGAGCAGAUACUACAGUUUCCCUCAAAAAUUAACAUUCCAAAUGCAAGAAGGAAUGGAGAUUCAGUAUGUAAAAGUACUACCUGAAAAUCAUUGUAUAUUUAUUUACUUAUUUCAAUACCUCAUCUGUGGUAUUUGAGUUCUCAUGGGACAACAGUCAUGAUGUUCUGUUUGGUUCCAUUGUUUCUUACAUGUUACACAAACAUUUACUGUAUGAUUUUCAGUAAUUAUAAUUUCUUUAUUAUUGUUUAGGUGGUGAUGGCCCAAAACGCACUCUCCUUGAAGAUGUUUGUGAGCAAUGUAAACUUCAAGACAGAGUUGUGUUUUUAGGCAAGUUGGAACAUGAAAAAGUUAGAGAUGUGAGUGUACCUUACGGUAAUCAUGUUGAAAAUUUACAUUGCCAUAAUAUCGAUUGAAAAACACCACUCAAUAAUAGGUAAUAGUAUUCUAACCAUCUGCGAACAAUUCCUAUAGUACAAAUUAGAUAUGGAAGACCAAGCUCAAGGCAUUGAGAAAGUGGAACUUCUAGCAGGGCUGCAAAUAUUAGUCUUUCAUUGGACAUUGGCCGACCAAAAUUUGCUAGUGUCCGACGAAAUCCCACCAGUGUUCAGUUAUUAUGAGUGGAGAAUUGACAACAUGUUGUCACUUGAAUAAUUAAUUCUGUAAAUGACUGAGAGGCUGUUGUUUUUAUCUUGUAUAUCCACUGACCUUGUAAGUAUUGUAUUUAUUUUUGGUUCUAUCCUUUUGGCACCUUUUUAAAGGUAUUUAAAAACACCUUUCUAGUGUAUUUGUUAAUGUAUCUGUUUCGUUUUCACUGAACGAACCAUCAUUUUGUGUUGUGAUAGUGGGCUACAUUAUUGACAAACUACGUCGUGUAUACUAAUAUCUAUUGGUUGCAGUUGGCUACCAUUCUGUUUUAGCCCAAUCAAAAUGUCUGUGCUUUGUCCUCUACCAGUCUAGAUUAUCUAUAAUACAAAUUUCUGACAGUAAUGUAAUUGUUUUUCUAGGUUCUUGUCCAAGGUGACAUAUUUCUUAACACAUCACUCACAGAAGCAUUUUGUAUUGCCAUUGUUGAAGCAGCUAGUUGCGGGUCAGUAACAGUGUCUGUCAAUUUUCAAGUAUUGCACUCAGCGCCAUUGUGUUUGAUGAGUUUGUGAGCGCCCUUUGCAUUCUUUUAUUUUUGUGGUUGGUUGGAAUGGUUGGAAUGCCUCUUUACUCUCCUACAGCUGUAUUUUCGAUUUGAUAUGGUGGCUGGGAUGUCUGUUUACUCUGUCAUCUUUCAUUUGAUAGGUAGCCUGUUCCAGGCUUCGAGAUAGUGGUGAAAAGUCGUUCAGUAAAAAGAAAUGCGAAAAACGCGCGGGGGCUGGGGAGAGCCUCCGAGAUAGUGGUGAAAAGUCGUUCAGUAAAAAGAAAUGCGGAAAACGCGCGCCCCCUUCCCAAAGUCGCCCGCGUCUUAUUUUCGCUUUGCUCGUUUUAAUACGUCCGCACUAUACUAUCUGAGAGCCUGGCACAGGCUAUUUGAUAGGGCAAGUGGGAUGCCUGUUUUCUAACUUUUCAUCUUUGUCCCUGGACUUUUAUGCAGUCUUCAGGUUGUCAGCACCAGAGUGGGUGGGGUCCCUGAGGUUUUACCUAGCGACAUGAUCAAAAUGGCGGAACCAAGUGUUAAAUGUAAGUUAGGGCUUUAGUUAUAGUGGUAUUAUUUUAGCUGUUAAAUCCCUAUACAUAAAACACGCUAGUGUACAAUACUCUAUGUCAGAUUUUGUUUAAGCACGUGUCACUCGGAGAUAAUGGUUUCAUGAUUAUAGCGCCCGCUUCCCGUAUUUUUGACAUACAGAGCCAUCAUCACGCAUUUCGCCUGUUUUCGCGGAUUGUUUAGACUCUCAACAUUGGUAAUUUUCUUAGUCAAACUGUCUCUUGUAUUUCUUCAUACAAGGUAAUCUUCAGAAAUCAUUUCGGACAGACACAUGGAAAGCCUUGUGCUCACCAUUAUUCUAUCAAACGAUAAUGCGUAAAAUCAAACUCUUUCCAAGGUUCAAAUAAUAAUGCGUCUCUAUAAUAAAACGUCCAUAAUAUUUAGAAUUACCUGUAUCUUCUGGCAUGGAGAUUACAUGUAUUUAUUACUUAAAGAUCCCUGUUGUGUUUAGCCAUGAAUGGAAAAAGCGAUCCCCCAGUCCUAAAAACUUAUCUUGCAAUGCUACGCACAUUGGCAGGUGAGGUUUUUUACUUUUUAUGUAUCAAAUAUUUCAGCUCUUUUAAUGGCGUUGGAAAGCGCUGUUCAAAACGCGCGUGACAACAGAGUGGUUCCAGCCGAUGAGGCGCAUGAACGGAUAAGAACCAUGUAUACGUGGCAGAACGUGGCCAGGCGUACGGAAUUAGUAAGUGACACUUUGCACACGUUCUAAACACGCUUAAAAGCGUGUUUAAUCACUUACUUACAACAUUCAACUUUAUUCAGUAUUUUAAAGGAAAAUUUACUGUUUUGCUCUAUCUGCAAAUAGCAAGGCUAAUCUUGGUAGGUAGAGCAAAAAAGAUAGCUUACUCACUCAUUCUCCUCUGGCACAUAAGGCCUCUAUUAGUUUUUCCUGUCGGUGUUUCAGUAACAUGUGGUUUGUCAGUCUUGCGCUAAACCCCAGGCCUGAAAGACAAGGGUGUUGUUUAGCGUGGUCCCUCUCUCACAAACCAAGCCAACAUGGUUGAACCUGCCAGAAGCAAAAGCACCCCCCGGAAAACACGUAGCUCUAGGGGAUGUAAGGGCACGCAUUCCUCCAAUCCGCGUCAAGGCACUACACCAAGGGAGGGUGGUGCUGUGGCUUGUGGUUUAGUGUGUUUAUCUACUUGCAGACUUAGGGCCUCUUUACAUGAGCCCGGAUGACCGGACUGGCCCGGUACAGGACCAAUCUGGGUUCAUAUGAGAAAUUUCAGCCUGGUUUCCGAUAUGAGAAAAAGUCAAAGAUCCUGGGGACGAGUUCUUGCGCCAAGUUCGAGAAACAAAGCAAACAUGGUGAAACACAAAAAUUACAACUUUCGCGCCUAUCAGUAUGACAAUGCGUCUGACUCUCUCUUAACGGACAGGUGUUUACCAUUUACACAAACCACCCUGGUGGAAAUCUUGCAUAUAAACAUAAAACUAUAAAAUGGGACGUGGUAGAAGAACGACCCGCUACAAAGUACUUCCAAAUCAGCUGAACAGACUAAAAAGAGUAGAAAAAACUGCAUCGCCUCAAAUCACAGCCCAUAUUUUCUGAAGCUUUCCAAACGGAAUGGCGCGAACCAUUUGAUUUUCCAACUGGAAUUUCCGGUUUUUCCAUGUAAAUAGUAAGUACCACUAGAGUCGGUCCCUGUUUUUGUUUACGUCUUUUUUUUCACUCACUAUAAGAGGGAAAUUACUCUUAGAAAGACACUUAGUGCCAGUCACGGCAGAGGUGUCCGCCUUAGUACGGCCGAGAUAAUUGACAGUACUCUGCCUGAUUGUCGUGUAAUCACCCAACUUCUCAUUCACUUUCACUAAAACACGCCAUCCUCUCCCUUUCCUUUUUUAGCUAAAGUCCCGUGCAAACGACGGACGCAACAUUGUUGGCCAACAGCUCCCAAUAUUAUUGGAUGUUACAUGUUGCGUCCGUUUGCAAACCCUGUUGCAGGUUGUUGCAUGUUGUUGCGUGUUGUUGCGCAAAGUUUAAAACCGGUCAAACUUUUCAGCCACCAACUCCCAUAAUUUCUUUUGUUCCGUGAUCUUCGAAGUGUAGCGCAACAAUCAAGGUCCAGACAUUGUUGGGAGUUGCUGCAUCCAUUUGCACGUAGCUUAAUUGUGUUAACUGUAAUUGACGGUCACGAACAGGUUUUUGUUUGUUCUUUUAUUUUCAGGUUUACGAUGUAGUUAGCAAUGUUCCUCCUGUUUCAUUUGAUCUGAGAUUGAAAAGGUAACAAUUCUUUGCCUCCACAAACAUUUGUAUCCCCUAACUCCUUCUCAAAACAGACCUUCUUCACAAUACCCGCCCUCCUUGCAUGCACUUAGGGAAUGAUGAUAUAAAAGCCAUGUCACGUGAUUUCUCGUGGGGGGGGGGGGGGGGGGGUGGGAGGGAAGUGAUAAAAUCUGCUGAUAAAAGAAGGUACGGUCGAGCAUUUUCAAUUUUGACAACAGAAAAUGAAGAAAUUUUUAUCUUAAAGGUGGUAAUUAUAGCAAAUUAUGGGUCGAAGUGAUCAUUGUUACUCUUUUGGAUGCAGUAGCAACCGCAUAUGUCCUCAAAGCAGACAAUAAUGACGUAGAACUUGUCGAAACUCGAACUGUACAUUUUGCAAGACUAAAAUCGUCGUCUCGUUUUGACAGACUGAACAAACCGCGAUUACUCGUAUUACAAAACUUUAUCACUUGUUUGUCCCCUGAAGUUGACCACGUGACAUUGCCUUUAUCCCAUCACUUAUUCUAAAGCGCUACAAAGAUGGCGGGUAUCGUGCGGUGAAUAAGGUCUUUUACCUAGUUUGCAUUUUACGUUGAUUUAUCAUUGGUUGAUACUUAAACGAAUCAGAAACGAACGUUUCUUUUCAACCAGUCAGUUGCUAAACUGUUGCUUGAUCUCAAUUGUCUCUUCCUUUGCUUGAGCUGCCCACUUUUUUAUACUUGAAUAAGAGACAAUUCUUUCUGUUUAUUGAGUUUUAAAUUUUUUGAAUUUCCUCUGUACAACGCACUUACCCUCGGCUUUUUUUUGCGAGCUAUCUGUUACACAAAAAAUUGCCUAGUAUAAUACCCUCUGGAAUGAACAUGUCAGUGUUGCGACAAGUCUUGGAAACAAGUGUUGCGAAAGGGAGAAUCAAGUUCUACUCUGUGCAACGAGUUUGGCAAUGCUGCAACUCUGCAACAUUGCAAGGAACAUUUUAAGGGAAGUUGUCUUCUGCAACUUGUCUCACAGUGGCACGAGGAAAAUGUGCCUAAGCAGGAUCUACCACGGCAACCGUUUUCGCUUUCCUGGGCUUUUUGUGCUUGUAAGUUGUUUUCUGGUCUUUUCUGUUUGGUUGUAUACUACAACUAGUUACAAAAGUAUUUGAGACACUGUACCGUAUUUUGGCUUAAAUGGCCUGUCCAUGCAGAUCUUGUGCUUGUGAUCCCCCCCUCCACCCCUUAUCAAAGUUGCCAGCAAUACAAGACCCUGCUCAAAACUUGGAGGUCAGUAUUAUACGGUGUCUCACAGAUCUGUGAAUAGCAGCGAUUUGAAGCAAGAAAGGUCGUUUUUUCCUCGGACUCUCUCGAUAUUUUGCAUCUGGUUGAAGUUUCUUGUUGAGAAAAGUAUAAUAAAAUCUUGACGCCACGGGCGUAGAACAAGGAUCCCCAACGAAAAGACAUGCCAGAGCACCAUGUGGGUACUAUAUUUACUCAGCAGCUGAGACCCGCUUGGCGAUCAAAGUCAAUUACAAGGGUCAUAUCUAACAGGCGUCCUGUACUCUGCGAGGAUAAACAAUGUCGAUAGUUUAUUGUGUGUCGAUAAAUAAUGAAAGAUGAGAAACAUUAAGUUUGAUAUUGAAUGAGAAACAUAAAAUAAAAGUCAUGUCGUGAGGGUGGGACAAGAAGGUUUACAACUAAGACUCUAUCAUUAAUUUUUUAUUUUAACUUUCAGAUUAUAUCAUUGUGGCCGUGUUGCUGGGAAAAUAUUUUGUGUUUUAGCUGUUGUUGACCUGUUUUUACUUUGGUUUCUCGACUGGCUUUUUCCUAGAAAGGUGAGUCUAGGUUUCCUUACUCAAAGAUAAUCCGCCACUAAUUUACAGGUGUAAUUAUGUGACUGAGUUUUGAAAGACUCCUUGCUUAAAAGAUCUUUUGUUCCUGCUGCGCCCAUCCAGGCCCCAGUUUUUCGAAAGGCACAAAACGUUGUCCUGUGGAUAAAUGUCUAUCCAGUGCAUAAAUCAAUUGGUUUCCCUAAUACUUAUCUACUAGACAGUGAUUUAUCCGAUGGAUAGCGUUAUUCACCUUUUGAACAACUGGGGCCAAAACAACUAUGAUUUAUAUGAAAUCUGCGUCAUGGGAAACUUGCUUCUCAGUCAAUGAUGUAAUACAGGAAUCUCAUGCUCUUGAGGCUUAACCCUCAGGACCAUUUUCUCUAAAUUCAACCAGCUUAAUACGGACACUUUCUAUGACCCUCUCAGUGCCCAUAUUAACGGGGUUCGGGGUUCGGAAUUGUACGCUGCAAUCUACAAUUCCCUGUUAAUAACUGCUUACUUAUUGGUAUGGAUUUAAAGCUAUUUAUCUUUUAGUUCACUUCCUCUUUAUAACCACCAAAGGUGCAUGGUUUUUCUCAGUUGGCUUCAAACGUUACAUCAAGAGCCAUUUUCCCAGCAUAUAUGUGACGCGAGCAAAAUACCUUGAAACAAGUGCCUAGCAUAAUGUUCCUCUCUUUUCCAAUUUCAUCUGUCACUUCUGAAUGAUGCAGGUUUGAUCCUACCUCUUCCUCCUCACCCGCAUCGUUUGCACUUUGGUUCGCAAACAAAGGCCAGCGCGAAACGCGAGGGCUAGGGUCCGAUGGAAAGAGAAAGAGAGGUUACGUUGUUUACCAUUUACAUGGGUAAAACGGUCGGUCCACGGUUUGGACAAAUGGUACUCAAAAUUCAUGAUUGGUGAGUUUCGUCCCAGAAUUGCGUUUACCAUUUAAUCAGUGCAUUAACCGAAUAACGACCGCGAAGGCCUGAAACUGGUGUCAAAGAUGGCUUUAAAGAAUGAAACACGAAUUUCCGUGUGGAAGAUUCCGUCCGGAAAAACAGGACUACCAUCGGCACUUUAGAUGUCCCAUUGCUUACCGAAAUUUUCCACUGGAACGACCCAAAAUGUCGUGCUCCGUUUACUUUUCAAUCGGGUUUUCCUGAAACUUUUUGUAAAUGGUAAACAGCUUAAGCCUAUCGUCCGCCUUCUCUUGAUCUUUCCCGUCGAGGCAACGAGGCAGGGUUAGAUCCGUUUAAACACAGUUGUCAGUUGGCGGCGUUGAAUGUUGCUGGAUCGCAGUAAAGUGAUGAGUUAAAACUAUUGUCCCUUGAAACGGAUUUAACACGGUUCCAUAACAUUGUUAUAUGACGCUGGGUUCAGUUUGAACGAACUUUUGUUUUUUUCCCUGAGUUUUAAUGUCUUAUUACGCUUGCCUUUUCAGAACAUUGACAUUGCUCCUUCAUAUUACGAUCGCCGCGACAGAUGGAAAUCGGAAGACGAUAGAACACGGAGCGGUUCCGCAAGAAAUACGUCUUCCUCAUGUAGAGAACAACGGCUAAACAAUGACAGUUUGGGAAGAUAA